GACCGCCUAGCAGGGAGUUUUAGAGAAACCACGGAGCUCUGGCCUUUCUCUCAACCAGGGAUUAACGCUGGCUUCCCUGCGGCCAGCCUCUAAACACAGGGAAUCCCUAUCCUUCCCAUUGGCAAAACGAGCGAGUAGAAAUUAGGGGGCGUCUAGUUGGGUUGAGGCCAGCUCUGGAGCGACCGACUUUCCCCUCAGUCGCGGGGUACCCGGUGCACCCCGCCUUCAGGCUCCGCCUGUGCUGGACAGGCAGCGAGUUCUCACAACGCCGGUUCGCGCCCUCGGGUCGGGAGCAUGCGUGCUGCCAUGACAGCGGUCGGCGUGGCGUGCGCCCCGGCCAGCCGCCCCCAGGCACGCGCAGCCUCCUCCCCGCCCCGACCCCCCCGUUGCUGAGCGCACUCCCCCACGCACCCAGCUGUGGGAAGGGGCCGGGCCAGCCGCCUGACGUCUGUGCGGGGCUCGGAAGAUGGCUGCGGAGCCGAGCACCGGGCAGUGGUUGCGGCGGCGGCUGCAGGCGGGGAGCGCGGCAGCCGGGGGCUCCGCCUUGCGCGUGGGGCGCUGAUCCGGGAGGCACCGAGGAGGCGAGGGCGCGCGGGGGGCUUCGGGGGCUGCUGGGCACCGUCUCCUAUCUUGCCGCCGCACCAUGGGCAGCGCGGAGGACGCAGUCAAAGAGAAACUGCUGUGGAACGUGAAAAAGGAGGUAAAGCAAAUCAUGGAGGAGGCUGUCACCAGGAAAUUUGUGCAUGAAGAUAGCAGCCACAUCAUUGCUCUGUGUGGUGCAGUGGAGGCUUGCCUCCUACAUCAGCUGAGACGCCGUGCCGCCGGUUUUCUGCGCAGUGACAAGAUGGCAGCCCUCUUCACCAAGGUGGGAAAGACUUGCCCAGUGGCUGGGGAGAUUUGCCACAAGGUACAGGAGCUGCAGCAGCAAGUAGAGGGCAGAAAACCCUCAGCGGGCAACCAAGAGGCCCUGUGGAGACAGGGCUCUGCCAGCGGGAAGGCCCCAGCCCUCAGCCUGCAGGCCUUGAAACACAUAUGGGUACGCACAGCACUGAUUGAGAAAGUGCUGGACAGGAUCGUGCAGUACCUGGUGGAGAAUUGCAGCAAAUACUACGAGAAAGAGGCGUUACUGGCAGACCGUGUGUUUGGCCCCAUCUUGGCCUCUCUUUUAGUGGGACCCUGUGCCUUGGAGUACACCAAGCUCAAGACAGCCGAUCACUACUGGACUGACCCCUCUGCUGAUGAGCUGGUCCAGAGGCACCGUAUCCGGGGUCCCCCUAAUCGCCCGGACUCCCCUGCAAAACGCCCAGCUCUAGGUAUUCGAAAGCGGCACUCGAGCGGAAGUGCAUCAGAGGACAGGCUAGCCGCCUGUGCCCGUGAGUAUGUGGAGUCCCUGCACCAGAACUCGAAGACGCGGCUGCUCUAUGGCAAGAACAAUGUGCUGGUGCAGCCGAAGGAGGACAUGGAGGCUGUCCCUGGCUACCUCUCCCUGCACCAGUCUGCAGAGAGUCUGACUCUGAAGUGGACUCCCAACCAGCUCAUGAAUGGAACUCUGGGGGACUCUGAGCUGGAAAAGAGCGUUUACUGGGACUAUGCCCUGGUGGUGCCCUUCAGUCAGAUCGUCUGCAUCCACUGCCACCAGCAAAAGAGCGGAGGCACACUCGUGCUUGUGAGCCAGGAUGGCAUCCAGAAGCCACCACUGCACUUCCCACAGGGAGGACACCUGCUGUCUUUUCUGUCCUGCCUGGAGAAUGGGCUUCUACCUCAAGGACAGCUGGAGCCCCCACUCUGGGCCCAACAGGGGAAGGGCAAGGUGUUCCCAAAGCUACGGAAACGCACCAGCAUGCGCUCCAUGGAUGUGGAAGAGAUGGGCACAGGGCGGGCUGCAGACUAUGUGUUCCGAAUCAUUUACCCCGGCCACAGACAUGAGCACAUCACUAUUAACUACCACCACCUGGCGGCCAGCCGCGCGGCCUCGGUGGACGAUGAGGAGGAAGAGGAGGAUAGACUACACGCGAUGCUCUCAAUGAUCUGCUCGCGGAACCUCACAGCUCCCAACCCGAUGAAAGAAAAACAAGUGUUUAUUCCAUUGCUGAUGGCAAGAUGGAGAGAACAGACACAACCAUUCAUGACACAAAGCAUUUUUUAUCACAUGCAGAAGACUAGGUGGAGGCUGGGAAGUGUCAGGCACCUUUCUGUCCACCAUUUCCAUCUCAGCUCUGAACGAGAUGCUGGUGACGUGAUUGAGAUGCAGGGCUUUGGGUCCAGCCUGCCAGCCUGGCACCUGGAACCUGUGUGCAGCCAGGGAUCCUUCUGCCUUUCCUGUUCUACCAACAGCUCCCCAUAUACAACCCCCUGCCAUUGCAACUGUGUCCCUGACCGGUUGCCCCUCAGGCUACUGUGUGAGAGCAUGAAGAGGCAGAUCGUGUCCCGGGCCUUCUACGGCUGGCUGGCCUACUGCCGCCACCUAUCCACGGUGCGGACCCACCUGUCAGCACUGGUACAUCACAACAUCAUUCCACCUGCCCGGCCCCCGGGGGCCUCAAGGGGCCUCAACAAGGACGUGUGGAGCAAGUACCAGAAGGAUGAAAAGAACUACAAGGAGCUGGAGCUGCUGAGGCAAGUUUACUAUGGAGGUGUGGAGCAUGAGAUUCGUAAGGAUGUCUGGCCCUUUCUGCUUGGCCACUACAAGUUUGGCAUGAGCAAGAAGGAGAUGGAGCAGGUGGACUCCGCAGUGGCAGCGAGGUUCCAGCAGGUGUUGGCAGAGUGGAAGGCCUGCGAGGAGGUGGUGAGGCAGCGGGAGCGGGACGCUCACCCAGCCACGCUUGCCAAGUUCUCCUCCGGCAGCAGCAUCGACAGCCACGUGCAGCGCCUCCUCCACCGAGAUUCCACCAUCAGCAACGAUGUAUUUGUCUCUGUGGAUGACCUAGAGCCCCCAAGGCUCCCGGGCCCUGAGGAUGCCAGGCCAGAGGCUGAGCAGGAACUGGGAGCAGGGCCUGCGGACACCACCAUAGUGGAGCAGCAGCAGUCAGUAGAGUUUGACUCUCCAGACUCAGGACUGCCUUCCUCUCGCAAUUACUCUGUGGCCUCGGGCAUCCAGUCAAGCAUAGAUGAGGGACAGAGCUUGGGCUUCGAGGAGGAAGACGGCGGUGGGGAGGAAGACUCCGACAGGCCAGUCCCUGUGCCCCACACUUUCUCUGAGCCCCAAGAUCCCAGCCAGGAGAAGGCCUCACAGGCCAGCGAGCUGGAAGCCAGAGAGGAGCUUGCAGCUGCCUAUACUAUAGAAUUACUGGACACUGUGGCCUUAAAUCUACACCGUAUAGACAAAGAUGUGCAGCGAUGUGACCGUAAUUACUGGUACUUCACGUCCCCCAACCUCGAGAGGCUCAGAGACAUCAUGUGCAGCUACGUGUGGGAACACCUGGACAUUGGUUAUGUGCAGGGCAUGUGUGACCUGCUGGCACCUCUUCUGGUCAUCCUCGACAAUGAUCAGCUGGCCUACAGCUGUUUCAGCCUCCUCAUGAAGAGGAUGAGCCAGAAUUUCCCCAAUGGGGGCGCUAUGGACAUCCACUUCGCCAACAUGCGCUCCCUCAUUCAGAUCCUGGACUCAGAGCUGUUUGAACUGAUGCAUCAGAAUGGAGACUACACCCACUUCUAUUUCUGUUACCGCUGGUUCCUGCUGGAUUUUAAGAGAGAGCUACUCUAUGAGGAUGUGUUUGCUGUGUGGGAGGUGAUCUGGGCGGCCCGGCACAUCUCAUCGGAGCACUUUGUCCUGUUCAUUGCCCUGGCUCUGGUGGAGGCCUACCGUGAGAUUAUCCGUGACAACAACAUGGACUUCACCGAUAUUAUCAAGUUCUUCAAUGUUAUCUAUGCUUCUCCCAGAACGGGCUGAGCAUCAUGACGCCCAGGAUAUCCUGCGGAUUGCCCGGGACCUCGUCCACAAGGUGCAGAUGCUCAUAGAGAACAAGUGAGGGCUGUGGCCAGAGGCAGCAGCCGGCCAGAGCCCAGUGGGGCCACCGCAGGGAGAAGUGCAGAGGCAGUUCAGCCAAGACUGCCCUGGCCCCAGUGGCCCUGCCUGCCCCACUGUGUUGUCGACAAAGUGCUUGUGAGCCUGGGAUCUGACUCCGGGCAGUGAUGGCCCCACAGGGCAGGUCAGGGACCAGGAUGCCCUCAGGCCUCAGGGAGCAGCUGCCUUGGGGGACACCUGUUGUGCUCCCCUCUCUAACACUUAGGAAUAAUCCCACUGCCACCUGCAGCCUCAGCCUGGCCUGCUCCCUUUGGCCUCUCCCGGGUCAGUCUGGGGCCCAGGCGACUACAGCCCUGGCGAGGGUCAUGCGGGCAAGGAGAUUCUGUGCUGUCCCUCUUCUGUGAGUCCUUUUGCUGGUAUACCCAGCCUCAGCUGGAGCAGCCAGAACAGCUGCUGGAUUGGGUGUGUGUCCUGGGUGCAGGAGGCCCGGGCUGCCUUCCAGGCCCUCCACUGAGACUGUGAGGCAGUCGUAAGAUGUGGGCCCUGGGCAGGAGCAGCUCACUGGGUAGGAACACUGCUACCGCCUUGGCCACCUGAGGUGACCCUGUGCCCUGCCCCAGCCUAUACAGCACACCCACAUGCAUCUGCACAGUCUCUCUCACCAUCCUGCUCUUGCUUUAUGCAUUAAAUGCAGCCCUGAAAACUGUAUAAAUGGCGCUUUGCCAACUGGGUGGUCUAGAAUGUGGUGGGAGCAUUUGUUCUUCAUGGGAGAAUCAGUCCCAUGCUGAUUUUUUAGGGAGGCAGUCCUGUCACAGCCCCCCUCAGGAACGGGCCCCAGAGCUGUGGGGCAGCCCACCACCUAUCCCAGGCAUCUCCUGAGUCCCUGAGGCUGGGGUGAGGACAGUGCAUGGGUCUCCCGUUUGUCCCUGAUGAGAAGCGGGGCCAGCUUUGCCUACCACAUGCUUCCCAGCAUGCUGAGGGGCCUAGAGACCCAGAACCCCCCUUGGAGGAGCCUUGCUCACUGGGGUGCUAGAAAGGGCCCAGUUCUUGACACCAGGCCUAGGCACAUUGCUUGCUCUGUCAUUCCUAUUUCCCUUCCACCACUGAACACAUGCAAGCUAGGCCUUGUACUGCCACAGGGGCUGGGGCCUGCCCAGCAGUCGCUAAGGUCUGGAAACCUGCAUUUGAGAAACAUGUAAAAGGCCCCAGCAGCCCCUCUGCAUCCAGCAGUCUCCCCAGACCACCCCUACCCUGGGCAACACAUGGCCUCUUGUGGGCCAGCCCGCCCCAAUCAUCUGUGAGUCCUUGGCCUCCACCAAGCACGGUGGCCAUUGUGUGCCUGCCUUAGUGACUCAGUGGUUUUGUGAGAAGCACAGUGUGUAUGUUUUUUGGCUCAGAAACUAUAAUUUUCAGUGUAACAGACCAAUAAACACAGCAUUUGGCAAUG